CAUCUUCCUUGUUCCUUGUCACUUUUUAAGUUUAUUUUCCCUGGGUUUUUCUUCCUCCGAUUCAACUAAGCUUUCCGUGAGCAGUUCAUAUUAUGGAAAAGCUAAGGAGAGCUUUGAGUGGUGAUGACACCCCAGAUGAAGAAUCAAACAUCAUAACUCAGGUCAUCGAUUCCUCGACUUUGAGCUGGUCGACGCGAAUCAAAGGAUUCGUGAUUUGUUUUGUGCUUGGCUGCCUGCUGUCUAUUUUCGGCACUAUCACGCUCUUCUUCAAACGGGGCUUUGUUGUUUUUGCCGUGCUAUACACCAUUGGGAAUGUCAUUUCCCUAGCCAGCACAUGCUUUCUUAUGGGUCCAUUCAACCAAAUCAAAAAGAUGUUCGCCCCCACCAGAAUAAUUGCGACCAUCCUGAUGGUUGUCUGCCUCAUUAUGACUCUGGUGGCCGCGAUUUGGCUGCACAAGGCCGGUCUCUCCCUGCUCUUUGUCAUUCUUCAGUUCUUGGCUAUGACUUGGUACUCACUCUCCUACAUUCCUUACGCAAGAGAUGCCGUCAAGAAGAGCGUCAACGCAUGCCUAUCUUAGAUUUCUACACUCCUGUCAAUAUUUAUCUACUUCUGCCUCACAUAAUGUUCAACGACUGUCAAUUAUUUAACUGAAGCGUCUCAAUCGAUGUGCUCCAACAGAAUGCAUAAAUAUUUAUAUAAUUCUUUACUUAGCACCAUGAAAACCACAACACACAGGAAGUUUGGUGUGGAAAUGGGGCAGCUUAUGUACUACAUAUGACGACUUUGAUAAAGAUAAGUUUUGUAAUUAAGCGUUUAUUGUAAGUUAAUGAGUUCAGCGCAAUAUUUUUGAGAAAUAAUUGAAUUAAAUAAUAAUUAAGUUCAA